ACCGCCCAUCCUCUUCCGGAUUCCCAACCACGUCAUCUCUCUCCCUCUCUCUCUCUCGGUGGAUCCCCUUCGUUCCUUCCUCAUCUCCCUCUCGCGCACAUCACUAACGCUUGCUCUAAAGCUUUUCGCACACCUCCGCAAGGAAUGUUGGGGCGAUCAUCAGCAGUGACUUUACCGACCCAUGAAUACUCAGCAUACUGCUCUCUCUUGUUGGAUACUUCAAUUCCAAUACCAAAUUUGGUGCUGCCUAUAUGUAAAUCAUCAUGUGGAUUCAGGCCCAUUGUUCAAAUGAGUGCAAGCCGAAACAACAGUUGUAAUUUAAGUUGCACUUCGAACAAGUGGAGGAUACACUCAGUUGAACAGGUCCAAGCAGUCCUAUUAGAAGACGAACAGAAGAAAACAUGGGAGACGUGCACAGAAAUACUCUCCACAUUAAAAUUUUCGAUCGAGGAAGCAGACUCCAUUCUCAAAAAGGCAUUUGGCUGGGUUCAUUCACCCUAUUGGGGGGAAGAAAGAAGCAAGGAAGUUCCAAAGGUACAAAAGGUAAAUGAGAUGUUGGAUUACAUCAAAGGUUUGGGCCUUAAUGAUGAGGACCUAUACAAAAUACUGAAGAAGUUUCCUGAGGUGCUUGGAUGUAGUCUAGUUGAUGAAGUCCAGACGAACAUUGACAUGCUGGAGAAGGAUUGGGGAAUCAAAGGGAAAGCUCUUCGUAAUCUUCUUAUUAGGAAUCCCAAAGUUUUGGGCUACAAUGUGGAUUGUAAGGGAGACUGCAUGGCUCAGUGCACUAGAUGUUGGGUUCGAUUUUAGAACAGUGAUGAAGGCUACAAGUAGCCAAUUGUCUUGCAAUGUGUCUGUAUUCUUUCAACCUUUCCCAUGCCACAUCAUAGUAGUUAUUUUAAAAUGUUAUUAUGAGAUUUGGGUACACCUUUAAGAUGGAAAUUUAAUAUGAGUAUUCUUCAUGAAGCUGUAUUGGAAACCAAAAGAAGCAAUAAAGACCAAGCAUUCAAUUUAGAUUUUCAA